CAGUAUGGCGAUUACUGAAGUCGUCAUGCCGGUGAUAUUGUCCAAGUUCAAGCCUCGACUGGAGAUAGAUGACUACAGUUAUAUUGGGCUAGACGAUAGAAGUGGUGUGCUCUUGCUGCUGCGCGGAGAUGGUGACCUAUUUGCGCGAGCCAUGCUGCCGGACGGCACUAGCUACACAAGGAAGCUGCUGUCGAAAGUAAGAAGGUUUUCGUGGGAGGAGGGGCAUCGGUUGCGACAGGGUGUUUGCUUUACGGUCUUGACGAACGACAGAUCGCUGUCUUUGUAUUAUGUGAACAGUGUGGAUUUGUCAUCACCUGGUAGUGAUUCCGGUGAAGGAGGCGACUGCGGGGAGCCAGUGAAGCUGAUACAGCGAGCAACGACUAGAGAUAUGAAAUUGUUGCUGAAAAGGCGGCACAUCGAUUAUGCUUUCAGGGCAGUCGAUUUAGUUGGUCAAUGUUUAUCAGGCAGUGCAUUGCUGGUUGACAAUCACGUGCUUGUCGUCGUAACUCAGUCUCAGACUGGAACCACUCUGAAAGCCGUUGUUGAUCUUGACCAAUCAAUGCAGUUUGCAAACCCAUCGGUUGAGAGCCACCAGUCAGCAUCACUAGUUUCCGUGUCGUGUAUCGGCAGUUUGAUAUUUAGACUCUGCUCGUCUGGUCUCAUAAAUAUAUACCAUGUUGACAAAAGUAAAAUCAUUGCUGUUUUAGAUGUCAAGCAGUAUUCUAGCGAAACAGAAGGUGCUGUGUUUGAUGAGAAGGAGACAUUCACUCGUCUGUCUGUUUCACCAACUGCCAUGUGUGUCGCAACCAGCACGUCACAAGACAGGCUGUGUUUGAUAUACUUGCAAAGCUACUACGAGAAAUACCCAGGUCACAUUAUAGCCAGUCUUCUGUUACCAAUUAGUGAUCAUGAUGAGUGUGACUACAUUGAUGGUGACAAGUGGGAUGAAGAAGGCGAGGAGACUAAGACAAAUUCUCAACUUGUUGGAGAUGUUUGGUUUCGGAGGGGUAUUAGUCAAAUGGAGAAAUGCCUUUCAGGCUUUGAAUCCGCAGAUAGCGUCAUUAAUGUGAUUGGAACGGGAUCUGUGAACCAGACGAUAGUUCAACAAAAACUUGUACAACAGAGCGAUUUGGGUCAUAAAACUGUAAGUCAGCUCCUUGAUGUUCUGUGUCAUUCAGCUCAAACUAAACCUUUAGACAUUGACGUUUCUGAUGAUGACAGUGAUGUUAGGAUUGAUGGAGAUGCAUUGUUUGGUUCUGUGUUUUCUUCUGUAAUGUCGGUUUGUAAGCAAGAGGCGGCCAGUAGAGAGGAGACAUCAAGUGUGCACCAAGCAAAGUUACUUGAAUUGCCAUUCACCAGUUGUUGUAUUGGUUUCCCUAACCUUUCGACUAAUUUGACUAUAAAACAUGUUCAUUUGGAUGCAACUACUCUGUCAGUAGUGGUGGCACCUUCGUCUCGGCAUGUGACUAGCUUACUUUGUGAUUCAGAUGAAGAUUGUGGAUUUGUGUGGUUGUUAGACGUAAAAUCAACACAUUCACAUGCCGUGAGAUACGAUUUGCAAGAACGUAUUGUUGUGGCAUUAAUGGCCCGGAGUGAAUCACCUGUGUGCUUGUUGUCAGACUCCAAUGCUUUUAUUUGUAUUCAAGAUUUUUCUCAAGAGGCACUUGUCAAUAAGGUCUUGCUAUUUGAUAAUGCAAAGCUAGCUGAAAGACUCUGUCGUUUGAACCACUGGGAACGUUAUUCUCUUCCUUUGAAUGCAUUAGAACGUGCUGUGAGACAUCGUCAGCUUGAUACUAUUGCAUUUUUUCUUCACAGUGGAGGAGAAUGUCAGGAUGCAGAAGAUGAGCAGAGCCAUGCCACUCGCAUAUUUAAGUAUUCUCCUCAGCUUCCACCUCUUGCUGCUGAUCAGAUGGAGACAGCUAUUCAAUUGCUUAUUGGAUCGAUUGAAGACAAUCAUGGAAAGAGACAGCAAUCGCAAUUUGCUGAACAACUUCUUAAUCUCACCUUAAAUUUUCUGCAACGAUUGAUGGCGGAUCAAACAGCACAGAUUGGUCUUGAACUCAACAGUUUAGAUUCAAACAAAGUAUUGGGAGAGUCAAGGGUAGUGGGUGACGACAGUCCAACUCCAGCUGUCCCACAUUUACGACAACGUGCCGUCAGUGAGAGCUCAGCCGGAAGUGUUAGUGAAGUGGACAGGCUAUCACUGGAUAACAGGAGCAAGAUACCUUUAGAUCAGUUAGCAAGACAUGUUAAUCAAUUGAGACGUCUGGUGAAGCGUCAGCCCGUUUCUGGUUAUUCUGAGCAACCUGGUAGGAAACUAGCAUCUGCUGAAGAGCAGUAUGAAAUGAGUGCAUCCCGGUGGCGAAAUAUUGAGACUGGAGCUGCUUUAAAAGGUGCUAUUCAGACUGAUCAAGUACCAUUACUGCAAGUUUUCUUGAACAAAGAGAGAAGCAGAACAGCAAUUGCCAAUAGACUGGAUGACGGUGGUACUGAUGCUCAGUUGACGAAUGCCAUUGUCAGACAUAUUUCUAUUCGAAGAGCAACUGGUGACGCUGAUACACUGGAGAAACCUCAGUUGAUGCCGAUUAUCAAAGUCGGAACUAAGUAUGUAUUGCAGUCACUGUUGGACAAAAACAUCAAAUCUGCUUGGAAGUUGCUUGAAAACAUGGGAUGUGACGUCAAGCGUGAGUUACACCAGAUCUGCUUUGCAACAGUAGAUAAACAGCUCAGAGAUUUACUGGCAUUGGAGUUGAUGCAAAAUGGAUGGCUCACAGACAAAGAGAGCGAAGCAGUCAGUUAUGUGAGAAUAGUGGAGAGGCUGUAUGAAGCACAUGACUAUGAUCACUUUGUAUCGACACAUAAUCAAAUUGAAGAUACAGAGUCAUCAGUCUCUCCUCCUUCGUGGUACAAAUGUGGCACUGUCAAGCCAUUUUCUGGCUUCCAGUUGAAAUUUCCGAUAUCAUCUAUUUCAACUAAUCAGGAAAGCUCAGGUUAUGUUCAGUUGUCGUUGGACUGGGUUUCUUCUUGGAACACAGAAACAAGAGAGCGCAUUCUUCUUGACCGUCUUCUCGUAACAUCAGACUCAGAUGAAAUGCAACAGCUAGUGAAUGCACAUUCACGUUGGAACUACUACUUUGCACAUAAUAAUUGGAAAGCACUGGUACAGUGGAUACAGCAAGCUCUUCCGUUGCUUGAUCGCCAUUCUGUGAGUGCUGGUCAGUUGGCAGCAGCUCUAGUUGGAGUCAAUCAACAGGAUUCGUGGCAUUAUAUUCCUCCUGAGUUGUGGGCUGUUCUUCCCCAUGCAACGCGUUUUGCAUCAGAAAUGGUUCUUGAUGAACUGGCUAGACAUGGUCAGUUUUGUGACAAAGAACUAUCAAGCUUUCCUAAGCUGUUGCGAAGAAUUUCUAGAGUGCAUAACUUGUUUGGUCAAAUCCAUCCCCUUGCUGCUGUCCGUAGGUCUGACAAGGCUACUUCGUUCGAAGGCAUGAUUGGCACUCCUAAAGACUUCCAUAAGAGAUUUCUUUCUUAUUGCAUCAAGAGUCGGCUUGUUAAUGUGAUGUAUGAGUAUAUGGAUCAUUACAGGCUUGGAUUGAAUACACAAGAUACACUUGAAUUAGGCCUUACCGGUGAACAAAAAGACUGGGUCCAUGUUCUUGUCAAAUUUCGUUUAGCAGCUACACGAUGCCAGGAUCGAGAUGCUCUCUUUGAAGCAAGCUUAGCUAACUCUCAACUGAUACUCCAGCCUGUAGCUGGCUCUCGGGGUCUUACUGUGUCAGUUCAAGACAUGUUGGAUCACAAUCGUACUCUCAUGGCAGUUGCAACAUUGAUGUAUGCACCUGGUGGUAUUGAAGAAGCAAUAUCCAGAAGAGGGGAAGUAUGGUCUGUAAAUGCUCAAAAUCUUCAUAAAGCUCUUGCUCCUUACCCCAAGCUACAAGCAGCAGUAUUUGCUGAUCAGUCUAAGGCCAACAGGACAGCAGCAGAAUUACAGGAUGUCAGCGUAUAUGAACUACUGCAGAAAUCUGUCUCAUGUGACGUCUCUCGCUUGUUCAGAUGGCAGUCAACAAACAAUCUGCAUACUGAUGAUGAUGACAGUUUGUUGAAAGAAAUGCCACAUUUUUCACAUCCUACUCUAGUCAGCCAAUAUUCAUACAAAGAGAGACUGCCAUUCACUUACUACUUGAGGAAAGGUCGGCCGUCCUUUGCUUUCAUCACGUUUGCCAAUUAUCAUAACAUCACUAGCAAAAUGGGAAGCAAGCGAGUAAUGUCUGGGUACUCGAAAGCAUAUCGACUCGCUUUGCGAGAUUUCAACAAUCCUUCAGUGACUGCAAGCUGUGUGGCCUUCGUUGAGAUGUUGGGUCAAGACAGUCAUUUCUUACGGGUGGAUAUUGAAUGUGCCAAUCGAUUGUACAAAUUCUGUUGUGAAGAGUCAAUGAAAGCAAGACCAGUGGAGCAGAGAUUACAACCCGAGAGUCAGCUUUAUUCAAAUAAAGCUGAAAUUGUGGACGAUCUGUUGACUGCAUCUGCUCUGAGUGCAACUGCUGCAAGAGUGGUGCAGAGGUUGGAGUACGCUACGUAUUUGGCAGUUUCUUCCAAAGCAAUACAAAAAACUUCGCAAGCUGCGUCCGACUUGUGGUGUCUAGUACUCAAAUACUGCAGUGCUCAUAGUGUGGCUCUCUGUCCUGGCUUCUUGGUUGAAUGUGCAGUCAGUGAGGACUGGUUAGCUUUCAUAUGCUAUGCGCAAGAGAACCAGUUUCCUGCUGAUAAGGUUCUUGAGAUUGUUGAUCAAAACUUUCAUAAUCCUCACUUACAAGAGCAUCUUCAUCUCACAUUUAAGUCUGUGCUGAAAAAUUUGGGUAACAAGAAGCAGUCGCAGUCUCGACAACAAAAAACAAGAGACAAACGAGGAAAGCGUUUGCAGAAAGAUAAACUUAUGGCUAACACUGUGGCUUCACGAGACCAGCGAGCACGCUUGUAUACACGUAUUGGUGUACCCCAGGCAGGAAAACAGGCUGCACAUGACAAGAGUAGUGCAGGAAAUGAAACCGUCGGAGAGGCCUGCAAAGACAGCCUAUCACUGCAGGACGAGGCACAAGAAGAGACGUUUGAUCUUGAUACUACAAACGAGCAUCCUGUUUUGAUUACGCAAAGUCUUCCUCAUGGAUUGUUUGAUGUGCUGCUGUCAUGUCAAACUUAUAAACAACCGUGGCGGGCAAUGUUGGCACAUGCUGUUGCCUUGAAACGUAAUCUGUUGGCCAUUCUAGCAGCUUGCCUACAGGAUGCCGAGAUGCUAGAUUGUGUUUGUGUAUGGCUAAGCGUAACUUGUGGAUCUGAGGUGUUGGGACGAGCACUAACUGGCAUAAAGGGAUCGAUUCAGUGGCAUCAGUGGUCGUUGGAUGAUUUACAUUCACUGCUUAUAGUCGCAGCAAAGCAUCGGCCUUCACUCGGAAAAGCAAUGAGCUUAGCUCUGGAGUACUUCGACUCGGAUAACUUGUUGCUUGACUUUUUGCACUUCCACGAGGCUGUGACUAUUCAACUGGACUUUAUAGAUGCCCUACGUCAUCUGAAAAAGUUGAAAGAAGGACUAGACAAGUGUGAUGUAGACAGUAAAUUUCCAGGUAAAAUCGGAAAUCGAAAGUGGAUGGAACAACUCUGUAGUGAAAUUGCUGAUAUUCUUCUACUUCUUUGUCCGUGUUGGAUGCUCUCUCACUUCUUACGAGUUAUGUCUGAGGCUAAGUUUGGUGACUCUUUCAAUAAUUGUAUUGUGACAGACUAUGGAAAGCUCUAUAACAUUUUUAAGAUACUGGAGAAGGCCAAAGUAGAUCCAGCCAUUUGUUUUGCUUAUAAAACAGAAGGAGAAGAAAAGGAUGAAUCAGUUCAACUAGAAAGCUGGCUUGUCAGCAACCAUUCCGUCAUAAUCGAAACUCUUCUCGACAAAGGCCAGUUUGAUGAUGCACGGGAGUAUGCUGGUGCCCUUGGAUUGGCUUUGGAUUCUAUAACGGAGAGGCAGGCUUUACAUGACUUAGAGAUGUUUCAGUCUUUGGAUCUGUGGAAGACAUCUCAAGGACAAGCCAUGUUUUGGCAAAGAUGUCACAAUGCUUUUCUUUCGAACAGUUGCAGUCCUGAAAGUGCAGGUCACUUUUUUGAGGCACUCUUGACCCAUCCAUCUACUUCUGACAUUUCUCAACAUGAACGAGCCGUUGUUUUGGAAUACGCUUUGCACUGGUACAACAAAGGACUGCUUGAUGGCGACCGGAAUGGUAAGACUGAACUGGAAAAGAACUUGUGGCUGUGUAGAAUUCGAGGAACUGUGGAACUACAGAAGGAAUGUCAAAGCCAGUCUGAACGUAGUCGACUAUCACCUGGGUUUGGUGCACAUCAGUCUGGCAGCCUGAAUGUGUUUGAUUUAAACCCAAAAUCAGCAAAUCUGUCGACUAUGCUAGAAACUCACAAUAUCAUAGCCACUGCUUUCAUAAGUGACGACGUCAACCAUUGGUUGGAGAUGAUAGACCAAGGAGAGCAGGAGUGUUUACUUCAGACAUACGACGAAAAGAUUGCUUUAGAGGCAGUUAUUGGUCAGCUACUUGAUGAACAGGACAUAACCAGUGCAUGUAGAGUGUCCACUCUUUUCCGUCAAGUGACAGAUGACCUGGAACUUGUAGUAUCAUGCCUAUGUCUUGCAGCUGGCCGAAUAAAGUAUACUGGACUGAGCUCUAAGUUGCGUCUUCUAAUUGAGGAUAAGCAGCAAGAGGCAGUCGAUCAUGGAACUAGCUUUCAGUUUCAGCACUCGUUGGAGCACCAGUGGAACUAUGGAUAUGGAGGCGUGCAGCAAACCACAAAGUACCUCAAUACCUUGUCACAUAUGUGUGAUUGUGGCAAGAAAAUCUGCUUACGUGUUGCUAUUAGUUUUGAAAUGGCUCUGGAGCUUGGUUGUUCAUACCAGUCUGUACUUGAAACAAGUCCGUUUGAUGUGCUGGUUCAGCUUCUGAGCUCCAAUAUGAUUCACAAGUAUUCACAGGCUGAGAAGUUUAUUGCUGCUUGUGUUCUGUCUCCUAUAGAAGUGGCUGGAUUUUUAUCUGAAAACAUUCUAAAAGCACUUCAGGUCCACUCUGGUCAAACUUCAGUGUCUCCUGGAAAGCCAGGAGUAAUAUUCAACCCUUCAUCAACCGGAAAUGAGUUUCAACUUCUUGCUCGUCUUUGCCCUAAACCAUACCUUCUUGGCAAUCGACUUCUGGAAGAAGCUAUGUCACUCGCCGCCAGUACAGCUGAGUUAAGGCCUCUAUCUCUGCCGAUUGAAGUUGAGCUGAUGAUUUUGUCUCAUGAAUGUUACACCUUGGCAUGCAGCAUGGAAGGGAUUGCUUCAGUUCUGCGCUUAGCACGUCGAAGAACACCAUACCUGGCUAGAGCAAAUCAAUUUAAUCUUAUGGUUCACCUUUUGAUCAGUAUCGGUCGUUAUCGAGAAAUGUAUUUUAUCUUUGAUGCUCUUCGGAAGUGUGGCCAGUUUGAAAUGCUUCUUCAAAGCGGCAGUAAUAAACAUGAAAAACUGAAACGAGCUUUGUUAGAGUACUUGUGGCGGCCGCAAGACAAAUCAGAUCGUGAAAUGGUUGCCUUGCACUUGAGGAUGUAUCGAGCUGUUGCAGAAAUGGAUAAACAGGCAGCUGACAAGCAGCUGGGCGAUUUGAAAACAAAGCGAUUAGAAGACAAUUCUGCUUUUAAGCAAUCUUUGGCAAGAAUCCAGGAACUGUACAAAGAUGCAGCAGAGAAUUUCUUCAGGGACGAGUGUCUUCAUUAUGGCCAGAGAUGUCAAGCAAAAGCCAAUCUCAUUGCACUGCAGAUAAAGCUGUUGUCAAAGGGUGUAUGUGUGAUACGUUUGUCUCAACAGGAAGCAACAGAUCUGAUGAGUCGACAUCCAAAGUUCAAUGACUGCUUGGUUGUUGCUGAGGCAUACAAGGUGCGUUCGAUGUCAUCAUGGAUUGAGCCGUUGUACAACCAAAUAGUUAUUCAAGGUAAUUUCUCAUUCUACGAAGGAUUCAGACGUACGUUCACCACCAAAUCACUCUACAACGAGGUUGUUGCUAGAUAUAUUCACGUCGGUAGUCACACCGCUGCUGCUGCUGAUAAUAUGAAACGUUUUCUCAAUCUCAUACCUAAGUUGCAUCUGAGGCAUAGGUAUGCCAAGGAGCUGGGAUUUCACGACAUCGCUGCCAUCGUUCUGGAAGAGGAAAGUGAAGAGUUUCUUAACGAUCUCGAAGCAUUAGGCUGAGGUAACUGAAUAUAUCUAGCUUGUAAGAGUUAAUUUAGACUGUUGCAUAAUGGAGAGUUGGAUCAAAGGGAGGCUCUGAUAUUGAUAUCGGAGUCUGUCUUUUAUUUAUAUUUGUAUCUGCUGUAAAGUCGUUGAUUGUUUGGCUGCAGGACGUUGUACAGGUACAAGCCAAUACAUUUUAAAACUUUGGUGACUCCAUCCAAA